AUGAAAUUCUCAACUGGUUUAAUCUUAGCUGCUUCCGCUCAAGCUACCUUAGGUGCUUACGCUAACGUCACCUCAACUGCUACUGCUUUACAAACUACCGUUGUUACCAUUACUUCAUGUUCUGAUAACAAAUGUACUGAAGUUCCAGUUACCACCGGUGUUACUACCAUCACUGAUGAAUUAACCGUCUACACCACCUACUGUCCAUUAACUUCAGAAACCACUGCUGCUGCUGAAUCAUCUGCUCCAGCUCCAGUUGUUCCAGUUUCAUCUGCUCCAGCCCCAGUUGAAUCAACUACUGAAGCCCCAACCACUGUUGCUCCAACCACCGCUGCUCCAGAAUCAUCUGCUCCAGUUGUUGCUGAAUCAUCAUCAGCUAACUCAACUGUUGCUGCUGAAGUUACUUCAUUCGAAGGUGCCGGUAACAAAUUAUCUGUUGGUAUUGCUGGUUUAGCCGUUAUUGCUGCUUUAUAUUAA